AUGUCUGCCGACUUGUUUGCAGCGUUCGGCCAGAGCUCUGGAGCUCCGCAAACCUCCGCACCUCCACCGACACAUAGACCACAAACAAAUUCGUUGAUAACCGAUCUAGACGAAACUGAUGAAUUCUUUGCUGGAGUCUCCGAGAAUAAACAAAUCAGAUCUACCUUCAACCCAACCACUCAGAAUGCCUAUCCAGCUCCAAUUGGCUUACAAGCACUCAGUCUACCGAGGGAACAAGAUAGCGAUGUGCUAUUUGAUGCCGCGAUAGAUACUCCUGCCAGUGAUACGGAUGAUGACUGGGGGGAUUUUGAAGGUCCUGAAGCUACAAUUCUGGACAGUCAAUCCCAACCUUCAACGACUGCGACUCAGGCAGCACGGGCUUAUACAUCCAAGUCUCAACCUGCGCAAAAGAAAGCGUCAUCUGGGACAGUAGACCUUUUAGGUUCAUUGUCAAUACAAGAAGAUGCGCCAGUUUCAAAAAAGCUACAAAAUCCAAAGAUCAAGAUCCAGCCACAGUCCAAAAAUCCCCCAUCAAGCCCGACAUGGGAAGAAAAUGAAGCGCUCGAAGAUUGGGGGGAAUUCACAGAUGGAUCAUCCAAAAAGCCAGUAUCUGCCAAGAUCCUUCAAAAACCGAAACAAGUCCCUAUAAAAGCGUCUUUGCAGCAACCAGCCUGGGAUGACGAUGCCUUUGAUGAAUGGGGAGACUUUACAGACGGGCCUAGCACAGCAGCACCAAAGCCAACAUCAACAUCAAAGUCGCCAUCAAUAUCAAUCCCUUCUCCACGUAGCUUCAUUUCCGGGCCUACAACGCCAGCAGCAAAUAUACGCCCAACCAAUAUUCCACCACCAUCCAUUCUCCUCGAACUUCUCAUAAACACAUUCAAAGUUCUUCAAACGGAAGCGACAAAAAGCAAAGCCAGUGCCACACCGGCAUCGCUCAAAGCAGGAACUGCCAAAAAAAUCCACAAUACUCUCGAAACAACAGCCCGCAUAAUCGCCGGCCGCACUCUCCGCUGGAAACGCGACACAAUCCUCAGCCAAAGUAUGCGUAUUGGGCCCGCGACUGGCAAGUCAGGCGGGAUGAAACUCAGUGCGGUGAACAAGCAUGAGAACCUGAAAGAAGAACAAGAUGCCCUCGAUGUCUUGGCCCAGUGGCGCGAUCGUGCUGCUCUUUUUAACGCUGUUACUCAGGCCGCGGGACAGCGACCUAUUCCAGCUGUUCCUGACCCGAGUUCCCUGAAGGUUGUACUGGCGAAGGCUGAACUUGGGGCUCUCAAAGCUCCUCAUGCUUGUGCACUUUGCGCCUUGAAGAGGGAUGAGCGUGUGCUCAGGGUUGAUGAGGGAGAUGUACAGGAUAGUUUUGGGGAGUGGUGGACUGAGCAUUGGGGACAUACUGCUUGUCGGUUGUUCUGGGAAGAGAACCAUUCAAUGCUUGGACAGCGAUAA